GAGGCGUAGUUGUUAUGGUGUUUAUAUAUGUGUGUUUAGAAAUGAAUUUUCAAGAUUUUCUAUGGGAAUGCAUAGUACUUGUUUGAUAAAAUGUUUCACUGAAAAAGCUUGAUAGUGAAUUCAAGAAUGACAGUAGAUAAUUCAAGAAGCUCAAUUUGGAGCAGAGAGCAAGAUAUAGCAUUUGAAAAUGCAUUAGCAACUUAUCCUGAGGAUUCUGUAGAUAGGUGGGAGAAAAUUGCAGCUGAUGUUCAAGGGAAAACCUUACAAGAGAUUAAGAAUCAUUAUGAAAUUUUACUCGAUGAUGUGAGCCGGAUCGAGUCUGGUUAUGUUCCUUUGCCUUGCUACAGCUCUUCUUUUGACAGGUCUUUGUGCCAUGAUGGUGGUGAAAGAACAGGCAAGAAGAGUGGGGUUUCAGGGAGGUUAAACAGUGAGUCAAAUGAUGGAGGUAAAUCUACUAAAUUGGAGCAGGACCGGCGGAAAGGGGUUGCUUGGACGGAGGAUGAGCACAGAUUGUUCCUUCUUGGACUGGAAAAAUAUGGGAAAGGUGAUUGGCGAAGCAUUUCAAGAAACUUUGUUGUGACAAGAACACCUACGCAAGUGGCCAGUCAUGCCCAAAAAUAUUUCAUCCGUUUAAACUCGAUGAACAAGGAUAGAAGACGAACAAGUAUACAUGACAUUACUAGUGUUAAUAACGGAGAUGUCUCAGUACCUCAAGUUCCAAUCACUGGCCAAACAAUUGGUCCUUCUGGAAAAUCCAACAAACAAUCUCCAACAGCACCAAUUGCUCCCAUUGGAGUUGGCAUAUAUGGAACAACGACCAUCGGACAACCAGUAACAGGACCAAUUGUUAACGUAGUUGAUCAGAGGCAGAUUCAGGAUUUGGACAUUAUGGAUUCGAGUUUGGGAUUUUACUACAGCCAAUCUUGAUUUUCUGGGUACUUAUCUAGGUAACUUUGUAACACAUACAAAAUUCGAGCCAAAGCUACUACUGGCUUCGGAUGAAACCAUAAGUUCAGCACUAUAUCCACCUCUGCAGAUGGUACAACAGUGAAUCUUUCUCCACCAUACAAAUCAUACGGUGUCCAACCUCCAACUCCAGGAGCAGUGGUUGCUGGUGCACCUGUAAACACGAGCCCAACGAUGCUUACGAUGAAACACACAUCUACACAUUAGUGACAUUUUUUUUAGAAACAAUAAGUGUACAAAGGCAAACUAAAGAGUCUUGUGCUUAUUCAUGUUUGUGCAAUCUUCUUCAAUGGUGCAUGAAUAAUACUAUUUCUCAAUGUCACAUAAGCAUUCACUCAAGACUUUGAUCCAGUGGUAAGAGCAAUAUAAUAUUAGAUUAUAUUACUGUGAAUCUUUACAACGUAGUGGUAAGGUUGUGUAUACACUAUGUUCUCCAGAUUCCACUUGUGAGAUUACACUGGGUAUAUCCUUGUUGUUGUAAUGAAU